AGGUGGCCAUCAAAAUAGUGGACAAGACCCAGCUGGAUGAUGAGAACCUGAAGAAGAUCUUCAGGGAGGUGCAGAUCAUGAAGAUGCUGAGGCACCCCCACAUCAUUCGUCUCUACCAGGUCAGUAGAUCACAACUCCGGGGUGGAGUUUGCCCUAAGUACAGCUCUAGGAUCAGCUCCCCCACCUCCCCAACCAUAACCUUAACCGUUUGUAUGGAGAAUGCAUAUCUGACCCAAGAUCAGUGUCUACGGGCAACUUCACCCUAAACCGGAUCCACACUGCUGAUGCCGUGUGUUUAGUAAUGUUGACUGCAGCGGUUAUAUUGUCAAUGCAAAUGUCUGUCUGUCAUCAGGUGAUGGAGACCGAGAGGAUGAUCUACCUAGUAACAGAGUAUGCCAGUGGCGGGGAGAUUUUUGGUAAGGUUCUGUCUGUCUUUUGUAGUGAACCGUUGUCUUUUUGUAUGCUCACAUAGUCACAUUUGACCUCUCCACUUGCACCCAAUUGUAUGUUUUUGCUACCUAUGUCAAUGGCUCUGACUAGUGACUGUUUGUCUGUGAUCCUGGGUUUGACGUCGUCAAUGUUUCAAUGUUGAUUUGGGAUGUGACGUGGUGGAGCUCGAGGAAAUGCAAAGCAAAACCCCUGUAAAAGUCAAAUGAACUGAAUUUGAACAUUGACCUCCCGCCUGUCUGUGUUCAGACCACCUGGUGGCCCACGGCAGGAUGGCGGAGAAGGACGCGCGGCGGAAGUUCAAGCAGAUCGUGGCGGCCGUCCACUUCUGCCACUGCCGCAACAUCGUCCACCGAGACCUGAAGGCCGAAAACCUGCUCCUGGACCACAACCUCAACAUCAAGAUUGCAGGUAUAGGUUUUCACUUGAUUUCUAGAAGUGUGUUGGGAUAGAUCACGGAAUGACAAGGCUGAUUUUCCCUCACUUAUCUCUUUUUUUCACCCUCUCUUUUUCUGAAUUUCUCUCCUCCUCCUCUGUCCAUGGUAGACUUUGGCUUCAGUAACCUGUUCUCCCGAGGCCAGCUGCUAAAGACCUGGUGUGGGAGUCCUCCCUAUGCUGCCCCAGAGCUCUUCGAAGGGAAGGAGUACGAUGGACCCAAAGUGGACAUCUGGGUCAGUGUCCUAGUCUUAGUAAUCCUAGUUCCUAUAAGAAACAACCACAGCUACUCCUCAUAGCCUACACUAGACCAUGGCUACGUCCCAAGUCUCCACCCUUUUCCCAAUGUGUGCAUUUAUCUUGCACUCUUCCUGGCAUUGAUUUAACUACGGUGGACAUUCCCUCCAGCCAAUAUUUACACCUCAAUCCAGUGCUUUCAAAUCCAUGACAGGGAGUGUGCAAAAUCUCACCUAUGAGGGAUUACUUCUCCUCAUCCUCCUUUUCCCCUCUUUCUUUCGCUCUCCCUCCAUCUCUCUCUCUCUCUCUCUCUCUCUUUCUCUCUCUCUCUCUCUCUCUCUCUCUGUAGAGUUUGGGCGUGGUGCUGUAUGUUCUGGUGUGCGGUGCCUUGCCGUUUGACGGCAGCACCCUCCAGAACCUAAGAGCCCGGGUGCUGAGCGGGAAGUUCCGCAUCCCCUUCUUCAUGUCCACAGGUGAGACCCGAUGCCAGCACUAAUACCUUGCAAGUUGAAACAAUGGUGUCUUCUAUGGGUUCUGACUGGCUGCUGUGAAGUGUGUCGCUUCUGACGUUGCGUUCUGUCUGACAGACUGUGAGUACCUGAUCCGACACAUGCUGGUGCUGGAGCCUAGCAGACGCCUCUCCAUGGAGCAGAUCUGUAAGAACAAGUGGAUGAAGCAGGGAGACCCCGACCCAGAGUUUGAGAGGGUGAGUUCCCAAACUCUGGGUCCAUCAAGCUGCUUUUGGAUGGUCUCGCAAGACUUUGAUUUCAAUGGACUCAAUGAAGAAUGGACCCAACGUUUUAAUGGAUUUUCUCUCCCUGUCUCUCUCUCACUCAUUCUCUCACUUUCUCUGUCUCUCUUUCUCUCUCAGUUGAUAGUGGAAUGUGAGCAGGUGAAGUCUGAGCGGGAGACAGAGCUCAUCAACGAGCAGGUGCUGAUGGCCAUGUCUGAGAUGGGACUGGACCGCGAGCGCACGCUCCAGGUGGGACCAACACACACACUAGACACAAGAUUGUUGCAGUAGACAAACGCUGUUGUGCAUAUGAAAUGCCAUUGGCUUACGGUUGUCUUGGCUGACCGGCUCUCUCGUUUCACCCCUAUUUCGCCCCGUUCUCUCCAGUCUCUGCACACUGAUGCGUACGAUCACUACAGCGCCAUCUACAGCCUGCUCUCUGACCGCCUGAAGAAACACAAGACCCUGCGUGUGGCCCCGCCCACACCCCGCCCCAUUGGCUACCCUCUCAACGCUGUACAGGUAUCUUUUGCCCCUAGGAUCUACAGAUUCUAAGGAAUCUGAUUGAUUGGUUACUAAGAAGAUACGAAACAGAUACCAUAUCACAGUUUAGUUAUAAAAUUAGGUUUCUUUUUGGGGGUUAGAAUUAUGUAAUGUGUGGAGCAAACUGGCCUAAUAUAGUUUACUUAAUAAAUAAAUAAAAUGUAUAUUUGUAAAUUACUCCCAUCCCCCUUCGGUCGGUUCACUCUCGCGGCUUGCUCCAGUAGCCACUGCCAGUCACUACAUUACCUCUGAUGCCUACUUAUGUCAGUGAAUGAUGAAGCCUACAAGAGAGGAAUUGGAACAUCUCGUUGCAGCCAAGGACCCAUCACUAACAUUAGAGCCAUUCAAAGGAAAGAGCGAUGUUUUAGCUAAAUUUGAUGGUUGUCUUUGACAACGAAGAAACUGAGUAGAAGGCUUGUUAAAAAUACUGCGGUUUAAUCAAAUGCCAACCAGGGAGCGGGACAAGCGGCAUAGCUGCUCUACUACCAACAACGUUACUAAACAACAACGUUGCGUAUUUAACUAAAACCGUGCCAUCUGAGGUGAAGAGUAGGAUUGCAGAUACUACGACAGGGUGGAAGAUAUGUGCACCAAAAAACUCUGGCCAUUUAAUCUGGCCAAUAGGUGCCCUUCUUUGCGAAGCAUUGGAAAACCAUCCUGGUCUUUGUGGUUGAAUCUGUGACCUCAGUACAGAGAUGAGGUAAUCAUUCAAAAAUCAUGUUAAUGCACACAGAGUGAGUCCAUGUAACUUAUAAUGUGACUUGUUAAGCACAUUUUUACUCCUGUACUUAUUUAGGCUUGCCGUAAACAAAGGGGUUGAAUACUUAUUGACUCAAUGCAUUUCAUCUUUUCAUUUUUAAUUCAUUUGUAAAAAUGUCAAAAAACAUUAUUCCACUUUGACAUUAUAGGGUAUUGCCAGUGACAAGAAAUAUCUAUUUAAUCCAGUUUAAAUUCAGGCUGUAACACAACAAAAUGUGGAAAAAGUAAAGGGAUGUGAAUACUUUCUGAAGGUACUGUAAGUGGCUUUGGAUAAAAGUGUCUGCUAAAUUGCAUAUUAUUAAAUGACACAUUAUAGUAAAAAGGCAAGUUUGAAAAAAGGAUGGCUGUGAGUGACAAUACUCAUUUCUAUCCGUUACGUUGAGGUGAACUGAGUGACCCUAUCAACAGGCCAGAGCAGAUUGCUAGCCAAUCAGGGCAAUCAUUGAGUGACCUUACCUCAAAUCAAAUGAAAUUGUAUUUGUUACAUGCACCAAACACAACAGGUGUAGACCUUACAGUGUAAUGCUUACUUACAAGCCAUUAACCAACAAUGCAGUUUUAAGAAAGAAUACCAAAAAUGCAAAUAGUCUGCGAUAGCAGAGAGAACAGUCUAUGACUAGGGUGGCUGGAGUCUUUGACAAUUUUUAGGGCCUUCCACCGCCUGGUAUAGAGGUAGAGGAUGGCAGGAUGCUUGGCCCCAGUGAUGUACUGGGCCGUACGCACUACCCUCUGUCGUGCCUUGCGGUCGGAGGCCGAGCAGUUGCCAUACCAGUCAAUGAUGCAACCAGUCAGGAUGCUCUCGAUGGUGCAGCUGUAGAAACUUUUGAGGAUCUGAGGACCAAUGCCAAAUCUAUUCAGUCUCCUUAGGGGGAAUAGGUUUUGUCGUGCACUCUUCACGACUGUCUUGGUGUGCAUGGGCCAUGUUAGUUUGUUGGUGAUGUGGACACCAAGGUACUUGAAGCUCUCAACAUGCUCCACUACAGCCCUGUCGAUGAGAAUGGGGGCGUGCUCGGUCCUCUUCUUUUUCCUGUAGUCCACAAUCAUCACCUUUGUCUUGAUCACAUUGAGGGAGAGGUUGUUGUCCUGGCACCACACGGCCAGGUCUUUGACCUCCUCCCUAUAGGCUGUCUCGUUGUUGUCGGUGAUCAGGCCUACCACUGUUGUGUCAUCAGCAAACUUAAUGAUGGUGUUGGAAUCGUGCCUGACCAUGCAGUUAUGAGUGAACAGGGAGUACAGGAGGGGACUGAGCACGCACCCCUGAAGGGCCCCCGUGUUGAGGAUCAGCGUGGCAGAUGUGUUGUUACCUACCCUUACCACCUGGGGGCGGCCCGUCAGGAAGUCCAGGAUCCAGUUGCAGAGGGAGGUGUUUAGUCUCAGGGUCCUUAGCUUAGUGAUGAGCUUUGAGGGCACUAUGGUGUUGAACGCUGAGCUGUAGUCAAUGAAUAGCAUUCUCACAUAGGUGUUCCUUUUGUCCAGGUGUGAAAGGGCAGUGUAGAGCGCAAUAGAUAUUGCAUCAUCUGUGGAUCUGUUGGGGUGGUAUGCAAAUUGGAGUGGGUGUAGGGUUUCUGGGAUAAUGGUGUUGAUGUGAGCCAUACGGGUCGGUAGUCAUUUAGGCAGGUUACCUUAGUGUUCUUGGGCACAUGGACUAUGGUGGUCUGCUUGAAACAUGUUGGUAUUACAGACUCAGACAGGGAGAGGUUGAAAAUGUCAGUGAAGACACUUGCCAGUUGGUCAGCGCAUGCUCGGAGUACACGUCCUGGUAAUCCGUCUGGCCCUGCGGCCUUGAGAAUGUUGAACUGUUUAAAGGUCUUACUCACAUCGGCUACGGAGAGCGUGAUCACACAGUCGUCCGGAACAGCUGAUGUUCUCAUGCAUGUUUCAGUGUUACUUGCCUCGAAGCGAGCAUAGAAGUAAAUUAGCUCGUCUGGUAGGCUCGUGUCACUGGGCAGCUCGCGACUGUGCUUCCCUUUGUAGUCUGUUAUAGUUUGCAAGCCCUGCCACAUCCGACGAGCGUCGGAGCCGGUGUAGUACGAUUCGAUCUUAGUCCUGUACUGACGCUUUGCCUGUUUGAUGGUUCGUUGGAGGGCAUAGCGGGAUUUCUUAUAAGCUUCCAGGUUGAAAGCGGCAGCUCUACCCUUUAGCUCAGUGCGGAUGUUGCCUGUAAUCCAUUGCUUCUGGUUGGGGUAUGUACGUACAGUCACUGUGGGGACGACGUCAUCGAUGCACUUAUUGAUGAAGCCAGUGACUGAUGUGAUGUACUCCUCAAUGCCAUCGGAAGAAUCCCGGGACAUAUUCAAGUCUGUGCUAGCAAAACAGUCCUGUAGCUUAGCAUCUGCUUCAUCUGACCACUUUUUUAUUGACAGAGUCACUGGUGCUUCCUGCUUUAGUUUUUGCUUGUAAGAAGGAAUCAGGAGGAUAGAAUUAUGGUCAGAUUUGCCAAAUGGAGGGUGAGGGAGAGCUUUGUACGCAUCUCUGUGUGUGGAGUAAAGGUGGUCUAGAGUUAAUUUUUCUCCCUCUGGUUGCACAUUUAACAUGCUGGUAGAAAUGAGGUAAAACGGAUGUAAGUUUCCCUGCAUUAAAGUCCCCGGCCACUAGGAGCGCUGCCUCUGGAUGAGCGUUUUCCUGUUUGCUUAUGGCGGUAUACAGUUCAUUGAGUGCGGUCUUAGUGCCAGCAUCGGUUUGUGGUGGUAAAUAGACAGCUACGAAGAAUAUAGAUGAAAACUCUCUUGGUAGAUACUGUGGUCUACAGCUUAUCAUGAGAUACUCUACCUCAGGCGAGCUAAACCUUGAGGCUUCCUUAGAUAUCGUGCACCAGCUGUUGUUUACAAAUAUACAUAGACUGCCACCCCUUAUCUUACCUGUGUGUGUGUGUCUUUGUGCUUGUCUCUGUGUGUUUGUGUGUGCGCAUGUCUUUUUCCUGCAGACGGAUCAGCAGGGUAAUCCCGUUAGCAUGAAUGUCCCUCACGUCCAGCUGAUCAACCCAGAGAACCAGAUCGUUGAGGUUAGUGAGUCCACCCACGUCAUUACACAAUCCUGCAAUGCAGCUGCUGUAGUGACACUGACAUGGUGGCCUGUUUGCAAUGAUCGCUUUAAGCUUAGCCUCAUAGCACACUUCUUUACGGUCCAAGGCAGCUGUUUAUAUCUCAAUAUCAAAUCAUUUCUGGGUAACAUUUAAGUACCGUACUGUGAUUGUUUUCAAUUAAAAUGGUCAAAAAUAAACAAAAAUAGCUUCUUAGCAAAGAGCAAUUUCUCAAACAAGAAUUUAGCUAGGACUGUGGUCUGAUUGGGGAGGGGGAAACUGAAAACUAGCUGUUAUUGGCAGAGAGGUUUGGAACUCUCUUUCUUAUUGGUCUAUUAACUAAUUUACCAGGCAGGCCAGAACUCCAUCCCACCUAAACACGCAGAAAUUUCAGGCAUUCUUUUCAAACAGCUCUUACACUAAAAGGACAUUAUCAUAAUUUUCACAAUUUCACAGUAUUAUUCCAACCUCCUAGUGUUGAAAUCUAUAAAACUGCACUGGGCCUUUUUAAGUAGGAAUUUAGGAACUUUUUAUCUAGGCUGCACAGCAAUUGUGUUGUUUUGUGGGAUCCUACACUAAUAUAACCUUGUGAUUUCAUAUAUAUCCAACUCUGAAUUGCUCAGAUACACAGGCAUACACAUACCACAUACGCAAAUGCAGAAAAUAAUGUAUUGUUACACAUACAGAUAUUGUUUGUCCUUUGCUGUGUAGCCGGACGGAAACAUGGCCCUGGACAGUGAUGACGCAGAGGAGCCGUCUCCAGAGGCCAUGGCUCGCUACCUGUCCAUGAGGCGGCACACUGUGGGCGUCCCAGACCCCAGGUACUGUAUACACCUUGUCUCUCCUGUCUUGCCGUCUGUCUGGCUGUUUGUCUGGCUAUCUGUCUGGCUGGCUGGUUGUCUGUCUUUUAUCAGUGUGUGUGUGCGUGUACAUGUGUGCUUGCAUCUCCUUACUGACUGUUCUUCUCUAUCAGGAUGGAGAUGCAGGAGGAGCUGCAGAAGCUGCCCCCUGGGUUCCCCCGUGUGGCCCCCCAGCCCCCCUUCCCUAUGCCCCCCACCAUGGGCCAAAUGCACACACUGAUGCCCUCCCAGAACCCACACCUGCAGCCCACACAGCAGCUGGAAUACAAGGUGAGGGAUCGGAAGGCAUGUGUGUUUCUUUUUGUGUGUUUGGUAUGACAGAGUAUAGUUACAUAGUCCAUGUAUAUUUAUAUUUGUGUGGGCCACACUGAUGUCCCUCCAGGAGCAGUCCCUGCUGCAGCCCCCCACCCUGCAGCUGCUGAAUGGCAUGGGACCCCUGGGCCGCAGGGCCUCAGACGGCGGGGCCAACAUCCAGCUGCAUGCCCAGCUACUGAAGAGGCCACGGGGACAGUCCCCUCUGGUUGCCAACCCUGUGAGUCCCUGCCCCCCCAGUGUGUGUGUGUGUGUGUGUGUUUUAAGAGCAGAACUGGAUUCAAAUACAUGUGUAUUUGUUAUUUAAAUACUUAUUUUCUGUGUAUAAUGUAAAUAUACAUAAAUAAUGUAGCCGGAAUCAACUAUUUUCAAAUAAUUUCCUAUUAAAAGCCAAAUAUUUGAAAAUAUUUGAAAAUACUUAUUUCCAAAUCCAUUAUAUUAAAUACAUGCCAGUACAUUCACAGUGUAUUUCCAAAUACAUUCCAGUAUUUAACUACUUGUGUUAAAAAAUCUAAAAUAAAGUACUUCCAAAUGUCUUUUAAAGUUAUUGACAUACCCUAAAUAGUAUUUGGACCAAGGUCUGUUAAGAGCAUAGUUUUUGUCUAGUCCAGUCUGCUAUGCCUUGUGCUCUGUCAGUGCCUAUGUACCUGCUCUGUCUACUGAGGUGAUAGUGGUUUUAUACACCCCCCACCUGUUUUCAGAGUGUCACUGUCCAACAUUGUUUUUCCUCAUGUUCUCUCCCUUCUCCUCCCGUUCUCUCUCUCCCUCCCUCUCGCAGCACCCCGUUCCGGCUGUGGCUCCGGUGGAUGAGGAGGGUUCUGACGGGGAGCCCGACCAGGAGGCGGUGCAGAGGUAAGCCUGGGAGGGGGACAGGGACAGGGGGGCUUUGGGGCAUGACAGUAGAAGCUCUGGUGUUCCUGGGUUACUGGGGAGUCGAGGUGCAAGUAGGCUGCAGCACUGCUUUCUGCCACCGGGGGGCCUGCCCACUGUCGUUCCGGUGCCUUCUCUCUCUCCCCCCCUCCCCCCUUUCAUCACACAACUGGCUUUCAUAAGGCAAUCAAUCAACUCCUCUCCAACUUCUACCAAAUCUACCUCUCUAAAUCUCUUAAAAUAUCUAUCUCUCUCAUUUCAAAUAAUGCCGCCAAAUUAUCUCGCCACGGCUUCGCUUACAAUAAGCUUGCUCAAACAAUCCAAUCCUCAAAUUGGAACGGGGGGUUGUGGGAGUUAUCUGAUGUGUGAUUCAUCCUGCCUGAUGGAAGGGGGAGGGUGUUUUUUCCCCUCCCCCACGUAAGGGCCAAUGAGGACAGAGAGCUGACCAGUGCUGCUUCCUGUCUCCCUCCCCGCGGCCCAGGUACUUGGCGAACCGCUCCAAGCGGCACACGACGCACGCGCUCAUGAGCACAGCGCAUGGCGGCGAGCCGCUGGCAGACUCGCAGAGGCCCCAGGGCUCCCGGCAGAGGGGGUGGGCCCCGGAGCAGCACUGCCGGUGAGGGGCCCCACUCUGAGGCUGACAGACAGACACCCCACCCCAGGCCAGGGGGGGCAUGCAUGGGCCCCAACACACAGCAACAGUAACUAGAGAUAGGGACACAAGCGCUAAGACGCACAGACACACAUACACCCCCUUCACUGAGCCAAAAGUCCACACCAGGGGGGCAUGCAUGGGCCCCAGCCAGCACACAGGAGCAGGGACCUGGACACCAGUGUACCAUGCAGGUUACACUAUCACAGUCACCAGCUUGAAGCAUACAAUAUGAGGACUUCUAGUGAUCCAGGGGUAGGCUAGGUAACAGAACAGUUAUCAGAGCCUUGCGCCGGGCUCUGAGUUCUCUUCCUGAGCUGCAGGCCAGCCAUUGGACAGUCUGGGUUGUGGAGAAGUUGCAAUCUCAUUGGAUGAGGUCUAUCUGGCCAGGACAGGGGCUGUAUCAAGCAUCACAAAGUAGGAGUGUUGACCUAGGAUCAGGUCCCCAUCUAAUCUCAUUCAUUCUUAUCUAAACGGCAAAACUGAUCCUAGAUCAGCACUCCUACUCCUACUCUACAUACGGCCGGCUGCUGUUCUUCUGAUACUGAUUGAACAUGUUCAACUCUGUUUAGGAGAAACCUCUUUAUCAUCAUUAUUCCAAACUGUUCAUUCUACAGCCAGUUUGAGUUAGCCUAGCUAUUCUCUGAUUUCUCUAGCUAGCUAUUCUCUGAUUUCUCUAGCUAGCUAUUCUCUGGAUAAAAAAAUAAUAAUUAACGUUUGGGUUUUUUGACUGCAACUGAAGGACGCUUAGAUGUUACAGCCAGGUAUGGUAUUCUCCAAAUGACCCUGUCGAUCAGGUCUUGGUUUGGACUGGGUAUGAUGACACAGUGAUGCAGUCCUGCUGUGUGUUGCUGUGGUCCUCUGGUCACGGUUCUAAGUUCAGCUCUUUGUUUACAGUGACGUUAUGAUGAUGAUGCAGUGAGACCAGAGGAGCUCAUGUAAAUGUUUUUUUCUGUCUGUGUAUGACUGUGUCUGUAUGCUCCGGUCUAUGCAUCUGGAUCUGUGUGUCUGUCUGUGUGUGUGCGGCUCUGCGCGCCUCUCCAGGUCUAGUUACAAGGACUGUAACACCCUGCACUUGCCCAUGGAGCGUUUCUCCCCCGUGAGGCGCUUCUCUGAUGGAGCCACCACCAUCCAGGCCUUUAAGACCCACCUGGAGAACAGCAGCCUCAUCAGGCAGCUCAAACAGGUACUGUACACCCCCACCUGGUUCUAUACACCCCCACCUGGUUCUAUACACCCCCACCCACCGGGCUCUAUACACCCCCACCCACCGGGUCCUAUACACCCCCACCCACCGGGUCCUAUACACCCCCACCUGGUUCUAUACACCCCCACCCACCGGGUCCUAUACACCCCCACCCACAGGGUUCUAUACACCCCCACCGGGUUCUAUACACCCCCACCCACAGGGUUCUAUACACCCCCACCGGGUUCUAUACACCCCCACCCACAGGGUUCUAUACACCCCCACCGGGUCCUAUACACCCCCACCCACCGGGUUCUAUACACCCCCACCCACCGGGCUCUAUACACCCCCACCCACCGGGCUCUAUACACCCCCACCCAUCGGGUCCUAUACACCCCCACCGGGUCCUAUACACCCCCACCCACCGGGUUCUAUACACCCCCACCCACCGGGCUCUAUACACCCCCACCCACCGGGUCCUAUACACCCCCACCGGGUCCUAUACACCCCCACCCACCGGGUCCUAUACACCCCCACCCACCGGGUCCUAUACAACCCCCACCCACCGGGCUCUAUACACCCCCCACCCACCGGGUCCUAUACACCCCCACCCACCGGGUCCUAUACACCCCCACCCACAGGGUUCUAUACACCCCCACCGGGUUCUAUACACCCCCCACCCACAGGGUUCUAUACACCCCCACCGGGUCCUAUACACCCCCACCCACCGGGUUCUAUACACCCCCACCCACCGGGCUCUAUACACCCCCACCCACCGGGCUCUAUACACCCCCACCCACCGGGUCCUAUACACCCCCACCGGGUCCUAUACACCCCCCACCCACCGGGUCCUAUACACCCCCACCCACCGGGUCCUAUACACCCCCCACCGGGUCCUAUACACCCCCACCCACCGGGUCCUAUACACCCCCACCCACCGGGUCCUAUACACCCCCACCUGGUUCUAUACACCCCCACCCACCGGGUUCUAUACACCCCCACCCACCGGGUCCUAUACACCCCCACCGGGUUCUAUACACCCCCACCCACCGGGUCCUAUACACCCCCACCCACCGGGUCCUAUACACCCCCACCGGGUUCUAUACACCCCCACCCACCGGGUCCUAUACACCCCCACCCACCGGGUCCUAUACACCCCCACCCACCGGGUUCUAUACACCCCCACCCACCGGGUUCUAUACACCCCCACCCACCGGGUUCUAUACACCCCCACCCACCGGGCUCUAUACACCCCCACCCACCGGGCUCUAUACACCCCCACCCACAGGGUUCUAUACACCCCCACCCACCGGGUUCUAUACACCCCCACCCACCGGGUUCUUUACACCCCCACCCACCGGGUUCUAUACACCCCCACCCACCGGGUUUUAUACACCCCCACCCACCGGGUCCUAUACACCCCCACCCACCGGGUUCUAUACACCCCCACCCACCGGGUCCUAUACACCCCCACCCACUGGGUUCUAUACACCCCCACCGGGUUCUAUACACCCCCACCCACCGGGUUCUAUACACCCCCACCCACCGGGUCCUAUACACCCCCACCCACCGGGUCCUAUACACCCCCACCGGGUUCUAUACACCCCCACCGGGUUCUAUACACCUUAUUUACAUAAGUAUUCAGACCCUUUGCUAUAAGACUUGAAAUUAAGCUCAGGUGCAUCCUGUUUACAUUGAUCAUCCUUGAUGUUUUUACAACUUGAUUGGAGUCCACCUGUGGUAAAUUCAAUUGAUCGGACAUGAUUUGGAAAGGCACACACCUGUCUAUAUAAGGUCUACAGUUGACAGUGCAUGUCAGAGCAAAAACCAAGCCAUGAGGUCGAAAGAAUUGUCCGUAGAGCUCCGAGACAGGACUGUGUCGAGGCACAGAUCUGGGGAAGUGUACCAAAAAAUGUCUGCAGCAUUGAAGGUCCCCAAGAACACAGUGGCCUCCAUCAUUCUUAAAUGGAAGAAGUUUGGAACCACCAAUACUCUUCCUAGAGCUGGCCGCCCGGGGGAGAAUUGCCUUGGUCAGGGAGGUGACCAAGAACCCGAUGGUCACUCUGACAAAGAUCCAGUGUUCCUCUGUGGAGAUGGGAGAACCUUCCAGAAGGAUUGGCCCUUUAGUAGCUCAGUUGGUAGAGCAUGGCGCUUGUAACGCAAGGGUUGUGGGUUCGUUUCCCACGUGGGGCCAGUAUGAAAAAUUUAUGCACUCACUAAUUGUAAGUCGCUCUGGAUAAGAGUGUCUGCUAAAUGACUAAAAUAUCAAUUGGAUCACACAAAAUAAUAAUACAACCAUCUCUGCAUCACUCCACCAUAGUAGAGUGGCUAGACGGAAGCCACUCCUCAGUAAAAGGCACAUGACAGCCCGCUUGGAGUUUGCCAAAAGGCACCUAAAGGACUCUCAGACCAUGAGAAGCAAGAUUCUCUGGUCUGAUGAAAACAAGAUUGAACUCUUUGGGGACAAGUCUCUGAAUGUCCUUGAGUGGCCCAGCCAGAGCCCGGACUUGAACCCGAUCGAACAUCUCUGGAGAGACCUGAAAUUAGCUGUGCAGCGACGCUCCCCAUCCAACCUGACAGAGCUUGAGAAGAUCUGCAGAGAAGAAUGGGAGAAACUCCCCAAAUACAGGUGUGCCAAGCUUGUAGCGUCAUACCCAAGAAGACUUGAGGCUGUAAUCGCUGCCAAAGGUGCUUCAACAAAGUACUGAGUAAAGGGUCUGAAUACUUCUGUAAAUGUGAUAUUUCAGUUUUUUUAAUACAUUUGCAAACAUUUCUGAAAACCUGUUUUUGCUUUGCGUGUAGAUUGAUGAGGGAAAAAAACAAUAAACUAUUUUAGAAUAAGGCUGUAACAUAACAAAAUGUGGCUAAAGUAAAGGGGUCAGAAUACUUUCCGAAUGCAUCUCACAGCCUCCCGAAAGACAUAGCAUUUUUAUGUUUUCUUCUUUCACGAGAGACUAGUCCUGAUUUACCCCUACCUGCAGCUCCUAAGCAUAGUCUUGCCUAGUCCUGCCUUACCCUGUACCUGCUCCAAUGUAUCUACCCGCUGCUCCUACAUAGACUGCCCACAACCUCUGGGGCGCAAGUGUGAAUGCCACACAAGCCUCCCUUGACGUCAUCCACUUACUUUCCACGUACUUCCUCUUAGUUUGUUUUCAUACACAGUGAAAGGACAGACGUGCUGGGUUAGAUUCAGAGACUGAGCCUCUUUAGAGUAGAUUCGGUGUAGAGUCAGUGUGUACAUCUCCACCUGGUACUGUACUGGUGUUUAAUGCCUGGCCCCUGACGUCCUCUAUCGUCAUACCAAACAGUCUGGCCUCAUUGGAAAGUAUUUUGUUAAUGCAUUCGGGGAAAAGAGCGGGUCUUACUGUGAUUCAAUUAAUGCCUUUGUCACAAUACAAUCACUUGCAAACGCACGUAGCUAGAUCGCUUGCCAAGUGCUCUACUUUUACCUCUGGAAGUUCCAGGUGGUGUGAAACACAUUAACUGGCUCUUCAUUGAGAUCCCAUCGUUUUAUAUGCCUCUUAAUUCUCAUUCUCUCACAUCCGUGCUGGUCCUUAUUUCCCCUACCCACCUGAUCCUGCUGGUCCUUAUUUCCCCUACCCACCUGAUCCUGCUGGUCCUUAUUUACCCUACCCACCUGAUCCUGCUGGUCCUUAUUUACCCUACCCACCUGAUCCUGCUGGUCCUGCCUUACCCUGUACCUACCUGCUCCAUUGUAUCUACCAAUGUAGAGAUGGGGUGCAGACACCAAAACGCAAGUUUGUUCUUGCUUAGUAUGUAUACUUAAAGACCCCUCUCUCCCAUUCAUCUUCUUUUCCCAGAAACCAUACCAUUCUACCAUUCCCAGACACCAAAGAGAUUUUUAACUUCGUUCAGUAUUUCUCCAUGUAAAGAACAAGUCAUCAAUGUACUUUUUCCAGCUUUUUUUGUCCAGCUGUUUUCUACAUUCUCUCACCUGCACCUCUACACAACGCUGAGGCUGGCUGAACUAUAUUGAAAUAUGUAACUUACCAAAAACAAACGUUACUUAUUUGGGUAAGCACUGCAGCUCCUAAGCAUUGUCCUGCCUUACCACAUAUGCUUCUGUUUUAUUGUAUCUUCCUUCUGCACCUAAUUGUGCAGGCAGCAGCCUACAUAAAUGUACAGGCUGUAGAUGCCCAAGUGUGAACAAGUGUCCGUUGUCAUCCACUUACUCCCACUUAACCUUCAAUUAGUUUGAUUCCAUACACAUUUAAAGGACAGAUCGUGUAGUGUUUGAUUGAGACACUGAACUGCUUUAGCCAUAGAGUCAGUAUGUCAUAGGCAUAGAUCCAAGGUGGGGGCAGCGCGGUGGGUAUCAAGAGGUUAGAGGUCCCUGGCAAAGGCAGGAUGGAUAUAGAGGGCUUAAAGGCAGGUUGAAGGGGAUAUUGGGACUAGCCUAGGGUGCUGGCGUCACUAGGGCGGUAAUUAGGGGUAAUCUCACAGACUCAAGUUUCAGAUGGUGAUAUGGUCAGAGUAAACACUAGGCUGCUGGGUCACGGUGGUGAGCGUCAACACAAAAUCAGCUGCCAUUGAUGUUGACGGCACCUCUGCCCUCAGUCAGAGCUAAAGUCAUCUCGGCACCCAGAACCAAAUCAGCUAGCCUUGUCCCAGAUCUGUUUGUGCUAUCAUGUCAACUCUUUGUCAUGCCAAAAGGAUAGCACAAACAGAUCUGGGACCAGGCUAGAUAUCAGCUAAUCGAUUUAACAGUUUAAUGUCAAGGCUGUGAUGAGAGGCUAGCACUAGAGAAGUAGCGGAGGGAUCUCCAAGGUCAUUUUAACAGUGCCCAACAAAGCAAUAGGGAAAAUUCUAUAUUGACGAUUUCAGAACCUGUCUGUAUUAUGGCGUUAACAACGAUUUUAGAAGUGUAAGGAAGGACAACAUGCCUUAUAUACAAACCUCAUAAACUCUGAAAUGGAUUCAAUUAAAUUCAAAAAGCUUUAUUGUCCAUCAAAUAUACAGUUGAAGUCGGAAGUUUACAUACACCUUAGCCAAAUACACACAAUUUUCACAAUUCCUGACAUUUAAUCCUAGUAUAAAUUCCCUGUCUUAGGUCAGUUAAGAUCACCACCUUAUUUUAAGAAUGUGAAAUGUCAGAAUAAUAGUAGAGAGAAUUAUUUAUUUCAGCUUUUAUUUAUUUCAUCACAUUCCCAGUGGGUCAGAAGUUGACAUACACUCAAUUAGUAUUUAGUAGCAUUGCCUUUAAAUUGUUUAACAUGGGUCAAAUGUUUCGGGUAGCCUUCCACAAGCUUCCCACAAUAAGUUGGGUGAAUUUUGGCCCAUUCCUCCUGACAGAGCUGUUGUAACUGAGUCAGGUUUGUAGGCCUCCUUGCUCGCACACGCUUUUUCAGUUCUGCCCACACAUUUUCUAUAGGAUUGAGGUCAGGGCUUUGUGAUGGCCACUCCAAUACCUUGACUUUGUUGUCCUUAAGCCAUUUUGCCCCAACUUUGGAAGUAUGCUUGGGGUCAUUGUCCAUUUGGAAGACCCAUUUGCGACCAAGCUUUAAUUUCCUGACUGAUGUCUUGAGAUGUUGCUUCAAUAUAUCCACAUACUGUUCCUUCCUCAUGAUGCCAUCUAUUUUGUGAAGUGCACCAGUCCCUCCUGCAGCAAAGCACCCCCAUAGCAUGAUGCUGCCACCCCGUGCUUCACGGUUUGGAUGGUGUUCUUCGGCUUGCAAGCAACCCCCUUUUUCCUCCAAACAUAACGAUGGUCAUUAUGGCCAAACAGUUCUAUUUUUGUUUCAUCAGACCAGAGGACAUUUCUCCAAAAAGUACGAUCUUUGUCCCCAUGUGCAGUUGCAAACCGUAGUUUGGUUUUUUUAUGGCGGUUUUGGAGCAGUGGCUUCUUCCAGGUUAUGUCGAUAUAGGACUCGUUUUACUGUGGAUAUAGAUACUUUUUUACCUGUUUCCUCCAGUAUCUUCACAAGGUCAUUUGCUGUUGUACUGGGAUUGAUUUGCACUUUUCGCACCGAAGUACGUUAAUCUCUAGGAGACAGAACGCGUCUCCUUCCUGAGCGGUAUGACGGCUGCGUGGUCCCAUGGUGUUUAUACUUGCAUACUAUUGUUUGUAUAGAUGAACGUGGUACCUUCAGGCGUUUGGAAAUUGCUCCCAAGGAUGAACCAGACUUGUGGAGGUCUACACAUUUUUUUUCUGAGGUCUUGGCUGAUUUCUUUUAAUUUUCCCAUGAUGUCAAGCAAAGAUGCACUGAGUUUGAAGGUAGGCCUUGAAAUAAAUCCACAGGUACACCUCCAAUUGAGUCAAAUUAUGUCAAUUAGCCUAUCAGAAGCUUCUAAAGCCAUGACAUAAUUUUCUGGAAUUUUCCAAGUUGUUUAAAGGCACAGUCAACUUAGUGUAUGUAAACUUCUGACCCACUGGAAUUGUGAUACAGUGAAUUAUAAGUGAAAUAAUCUGUCUGUAAACAAUUGUUGGAAAAAUUACUUGUGACAUGCACAAAGUAGAUGUCCUAACCGAUUUGCCAAAACUAUAGUUUGUUAACAAGAAAUGUGUGGAGUGGUUGAAAAACGAGUUUUAAUGACUCCAACCUAAGUGUAUGUAAACUUCCGACUUCAACUGUACAUAAGAAGGAAAUGGCCUUUUGACAUGAGACAAAGAAUGUAUUUUAAUCGAUUAUCGUUGGAUGGGGUAUUCUGAGUGAAAGCGACAGCAAAUAAUGCUAUUCAUUAUAUUUCGGGUUCCACUGUCUUUCUUUGUGUGGUCUCUAACGACAAUAUGUUUGUUGUGUGUUUGUGCGCGUAUGUGUACCAGGAGUGUGAGCAGCUGCAGAAGAUGUACGCUUGCCCACAGGACGAGAGGCUGCUGGAGCACACACAACAACAACAUUUCCUGUACCAGCAGGAGCAGCAGAUUCUACACCAGCAGAUACAGGUCACUGCGAUACACACUACAUGGACACACACACACAUACAUACACUGCAUGGUUCAUAUCAGCGGGAGCAGUGUUUUCUACACCAGCAGAUGCCAGUCACUAUGACCCUUUUCUGUAAACACAUGCCAUUAUGCGUUCCUAAAUUGUUUUUCCAUUGGCUGAAUCGUUCUCUCCAUUCUGCAGGCCCUGUCUUUAGGGCACGGCGAGUGCCAGCCCAGUCAUCUUACCCACCAGCUCCAGAGGUGAGAACAACACGCACCCUGAGUUGUCAGCACCCGCACACUCUGAGCGAGAGACUAAUGAUAAUCAUUAGCGACUAAAAACAAGCAUUUAUUUUUAGGCACUUAGGUUCAAAAUAACACACUCAAUGGCAAUAGUCUGCUAAACACAUGGAGUUUAGCUCAGAGAAGCUCUACCAACAAGCCAGGCUUUUGUGCAACUCUAUUGAUUUGAGUGUUACUUACAUCCCUGUCUGUUCUCUCCCUUCCCUCAGGUUGCAUAUCCAGCCCUCCAGCCCACCGCCUACACAUCCCAGCAACCACCUGUUCAGACAGCCCAAUCAGAGUCCCCCUCCAACAGCGAUGAUGCAGGGGCAUGGUGAGUUCUAACUCCACCCCUUAGCCUUACUUGUCUUUUUAUUGGACUAAAGGACUGAAUGAUAAGUCAAUAUGACUAAAUUGUUAAGGAUCCCUUAUUAGGAUUAAGUGAUGGUUGAAAUAACCCGUUUGUAGGUACAGUAGCUCUCUCCUGACUGACUGAUCUCUCCCUCCUCCCCCCAGGUGUGCCAUCAGUGGUGCAGUACCAGCACGCCCCCGCCCUCUACCAGCCCUCCAGCGGGAGUCCCCCCCCCUGCGGCCUCCGCCCCGUCACCCUGCCCCCCCAGCAGCAGCAGCCCAGCUCCUCCUCCUGUGGCGGGGGCGUCCCCAUGCCCCAGCAGCAGGUGACUAUCCAGGUGCAGGAGGUGGAGCUGGGAGGGGGCGGGGCCCUUCAGCGCCAGCAGCAGGCUUUCCUUUCCACGCCGUGCACCCACCGGGUCCUGGGGAAGCAGCUGAGCGCAGACAACGCCGAGACCCACAGGUGACCUUCACGCUGCUGCUGGCCUGUGGGUCUGACCCGUCAUGGCUGUUUCCCUUCGCACUUAUUGAUUUCACUUUUUCUUUUCCUGCCAUCACUUUUCUUAAACUUUCAUGUUCUUCAACUCUGUGUUUUGGACUUUCUCGCAUGUCCUCACACUGUGAAUACCUCCAUUUCAUCUAUUUAAAAUAAAAAACACAUUUAGUUUUCAUCAUGUUCAGUUAUUGUACAUUUCAGUCUCUCAUAACCCUAGGAAGCCAUGUUCCUGAGCCCAAAACUCACUCACAGUACAGUUUUAUAAACCGUGUUGCCCGUGGUGUGAAUAUUUUUGUUUUGGGCUUGUAUUAUUUGGGAGGGGGGGGUUUAGAGGCAGCACAGGGUGCAUCCUAAAUGGUAGCCAAUUCACUAUAUACUGAACUACUUUUGACCAUUUGCCCUGGUCAAAAGUACUCUAUAUAGCAGGAGUAUCAAACAAACAGACCCGUAAGACUAUUCAAUACAGCCCUUUCGAAAACGAAAGCUAGACAGUCAGGGAGAAAAAAAAAUUGAGGGUUAUGUUAUCUUUUGCACAUUUUGACUGCGAGGAAAUAUAAUCAAUAUUAGGUGCGGCCCUCGGGGCCUCUGCGAAGACCGAAUGCAAACUGCGGCGCAACAUUUGUUUGACGCCCCUGCUAUUUAGGGACACAGAGGGUCUUACACCUGAUAGGUUAGUGGAUUUCAGACAAAUUCUUGUGGGUUUUUACAUUGAGAAAUACCAUUGUUACCAAAGUGUUUUGAGAACCCCAAAAACCUACUUGGCUGAAAAAGAAGACAUGUCACCGCUGAAUCCUCCACCUGAGAUUGGCUGUCUAAAUGGACGUAGGUGGUGAGAUGAAUACUAGUGCUAGAAGUGUCACUCCAGCUGGUAGCAACACUGUAGGAACUAGGGAUUUCUACAACCAACAGUCUGUGUGUUGUAUUUCUAUGUUUAGCCUAGACCACGUUCACUGAGAGGUGGUGACAAGCUUGGCGGUUACCUCAUUUGAUUUUCCUGUCAUUUCCUCUGGCAAAGCAACAGAAUGUGUGUGUGUAUUUCCCAUGACUACUUGCACACCCCUCAGUGGACUUGUGACCUUUAAUCCGGAAGGUUUUAUGUGCUGAUUAUGACCCAUAAUAGUGGGUCAAAGUGUUGUAAUUAAGAUGUAGAAUUGUAUUGUCGUGUUAGAAUCACGUAGACAUAUGUGUUUUGUCAUACUUCUCUCACCUCUCAUACUGUUUAUAAAUAACUCAUUUCAGUUUUAUCCUACUAAUAAUAAUAACUCAUUUAUUUAUUGUAUACUCCCUUAGUCCAAAAUACUUUAUCUCAAUGGUGUAUUAGUUUUUUUUCCUCUCAGAACUCUCUCAGUAUUUGCAAGAGUUUGUCUUGGAUGAUACAUUUUGUUGUUAGUGGCAUUAGCUGACUAUCCCCCCUCUCCCCUGGUCCCUCCCUCCCCAGUCGCAGCCUCGGACGGUUCAACACAUACGACCAGGCCGCCUUCAACCCCCAUCUGUUCGGCGAGGGGUCUCGGCCAUCGGGGGUGGUGGGGGGCUACAACCCCUACCUCCAGGGGACCUCCCUCAAGGUGCCAGGGAUGGAGGGCUACCAGGGUGGGGUGGUCGGUGGGGCCGGAGGCGGGGGCUACGGGAGCCCCUCUGCCCUGCAGCAGGCUCUCCUCUCCCCCACCCCCCUGGAGUACCGGCCCCAGCAACACAUCACCCCCACCCUACAGGGUCUCCUCUCCCCCCGCCACUCCCUGACGGGCCACGCCGACCCCCGCCUGCCCCCCCAGGACCUGGCCUCCCUGCUGAAGAGGCAGAGCCCUCGGCCAGCACCCCCCACGCCCCCCAACGUGCCCCAGGACUACACGGAAAUGCUGCUGCUGCGCCAGCUCGGCCAAGGGGAGUCUCUGGAGCCAGGGAGCUCUUACCACCACCACCUCCAAAUCAGGCCCCCAGACGCCCAGCCCCCCAGCCUGCCCCACUCGGAGAGCAUGGAGGAGGAUAACCUGCCGCCCGGCUACCAUGAGGGCCUCCUGGCCAAGACCCAAGGCUGUGGGGACGGCCAUGACCUGCUGGGCCCCCCCCGGGGAGGGACGCCCCCCUACAACUCCCCAACACACAGACACGCCUACAUGAGGAGCACCACCACAACCAGAGGUAAGGGCCAAGCAGGCUCAACCACAGGAAUAGAAUGACUAUUUAGAUUCUGUAGAUUCUAUUUCUAUGGUCUCAAACAGCUUUCAUAUCCCUGUAUGCUGAUAUUCACAUGCUUUUUACACACUCCUGCUUCGGUCACACAAACUACGUUCUACAUUGUUAACUUAGCAACUUCAGUAAUCCCUCCCUCCCUCCCCCUUCCAGACAAUGAGCAUGUUGACUGCAGGACCCAGGGGCAGCAGGGUAUGGAGCAGGGCGUGCCUGACCGUAACGGAGUGGGUUACUCCACCAGGGGCCCCCAGGGGGACGGCUAUCGGCCCCGGGGCCAGCUACAGCGCCACCACACCAUCCAGACCUGCGACGACGCCUAUGUGAGUCUCUCACGGUGCCGUCUGGGACCUUAGAAAUAGAAUCUAUAGAAUCUCUCAGCCUCUUGUGUAGAUCUCAAAGGAUUGGAUAGUUUCAAUGGAUAGGUCUUAGUUUACCUAGCCUAUCUGAGGGCACGAUGGACCGUGUUGCUCACACCUAUCCUUUCAGAUCUGUAUGACAUGCCUAGGGGUAGGGACUAGGGGUUGAUUUGGAAUUGAACAUUGUGUGUCUGUGCGUGCGUGCAUUUAUGUACUUAACGUGUCUUUCUGUAUCACCUCAGGACCAGGCUGAGCCCAUGUCUGGGAUGAGCCUAUUGGCUGGCAAGGCUCUGAGCUCCGCCCGCAUGUCUGACAUCCUCAGCCAAUCAUCUCUGACAGGAAGCCAGCAGCUCCACCAGCGGGAAGAGUCAGGUCAGUGUCAUGUGCACAUACACACACACACACUAAACGGGGUAAAGUGAGUGAAACGUGGCAGACUCGGUCUGGUCUAAAUAAAAUGUGAACUCUUUAAAAUAAUCUCGAUCACAUUACUAAUAUAUAGGAUAAUAGUAUAUACCAUUUUAGCAGAUGCUUUUAUCCAAAGCAACUUACAGUAGUACGUGCAUAUAUUUUCUAUUGGUGGUCCCAAAGGGAAUCGAACCCAUAAGCCUGGCGUUCUAAAUAUAUAUUCUAUUGUGAAAUACACCGGAUAGGUGCAGUGAAAUGUGUUGAUUUACAGGGUCACCCAUAGUAGUACGGCUUUUAGGGUAAGUGCCUUGCUUAAGAGCACAUCAACAGAUUUUCACCUUGACGGCUUGGGUAUUCAAACCAGCGACCUUUCGGUUACUGUCCCAACGCUCUAACCGCUAGGCAACCUGCCGCCCAACUGAGCCACGAGGAUCAUACACAUGCAUUCACAAUACCCACCAAAUACCAAUACCUGCAUUGAAUAUGGAGGAGUUCUUCAUACUGAAAGGCUGUGUAUCUGUGUGUUUUCUCCUGGCAGUGUGUGACGUGGAGGGAGAGCUCCACGCUGCAGUCUGCUACCCGUCAUCCUGCACCAGCAACAUCCUUCAUAGCUACAAACCCCCAGACCUGCAGUACAGCAUGGAGCAGGCCGGGGUCUAACACAGGUAAGCACAUGGGCUUAGGCUGCAUCUCAAAUGGCACCCUAUUCCCUAUAUAGGGCACUACUUUUGACCAGGGCUUUUGACCAGUAGUGCACUAUAAAAGGAAUCGGGAGCCAUUUGGGACGAACCCUACAGUAUGACUCUGUUACGCUACGCUCAGUCUACACAGUCAGUGACUGUCUUUACCAAUGGUUGUCCAUACCGUUGCCACUGUUUGUUAAUGCUGUUCUUAGAUCAGUUUGUCAUUUAGUUAAAGCCUUCAUUUAACCAGGCUGGUCAUUUAGGACACGAUUCUCAUUCACAGUACUGACUUGGUUGGUCAAGAGGUGAACAUGAUAAAGCACAGUACUAGAACUGUUAGUGCUCCGAGCUAGGGGAUAUCGAGGGUGGUAUUACCUUGAUUCCUCACCUCCUCUCUAAGUGCAUUGGAAGAGAAGGACCGUGGGGAGGAACCUCAGAUCUGCUCUUUCAAUGCAUUUUGAGAUGGAGGCAAGGAGAGAGGGCAAAAGGAAUCAAGGAAAGACAAUUGAGAUUCACCCCUAGUGUUAACUCUGUCCCUCUGUGUUCUCUCUCUCCUAGGACCGUCUUCUGUGUAUAAAGGUCCAUAUCAGCCACCUGUGUUGAGCAGCAUCACACCAAACCGCCAUUGUCUGUCUGGAGGGGGCGUUGUCCGUCAGUCCUGGGGCCUUGGGGAGGGCAGGCAGCCUGUAGGCUGCAGCCCGGGGUGGGUGGGGGGGAUUGGCUGGGCGAGGGGUGUGGGUCCAAUGCCAGUAUUCUGUUCUGCACAGCCAUCUAGCAAGCAUUGCCAUCAUUGGCUCUCUCCAUUUCUGCUCUUCCAUCCGAUUGGAUAGAUUGGGCUCUGCCUCCCCCAUUCACUUCUUCCUUCCUACCCCCUUGUGGUCCUACCCUGCUCUCCUGCCCCCCUUACCCCCCCCCCCCCCCCCCCCUAACUGUUGCCAUAGCAACAAACUCAUGCGCCUCAAUGUCCCAGACAUUCAUACAGGCAAAACAUAUAGAUAACAUAAACUUACACAUGCACACACUCAGCCACAAACCCAAAGUAUUCACACCAAGUCUGUGCGCGGGGAUUCCUGUGAGGUUCUGUCCGCUCCUCCCUCUCCCCUCCACUGUAUUCCAGUGGACCAUUCCGGAGCGGGCUGUGAUCUCAGAGCCUAUGAGGCUCUCUCUCAGUGACCCAUUCCAUUGGGCUUGCGGGGGUGGGUUUGGGUCAGGCUCAGGGGCGCUAAAAAAAAACUAUGGAGCUCAGUGACAUCGAGAUCGCACAGCACAACCAGCUCUCAUUUUUUAUUUUAAUUUCCUGUUCUGUCGUUCUUUUUCUUAAUUGUUUUUAAAAUUCAUUUUUACGGCUAAUGUUCAUCUAGAAAGUAUAAUAAUUAUUGUUACUAUUAUUGUUAUUACUGUUUUCUGUAAAAUACGUUUUAUUGUUAUUAGGAUUAUAAUGAGAAUUAUUAUUAAAGGAAAAAAAAAAGUUCUGUGUUGCAAGGAAGACAACAUUUCGUUUUGAUUACUUAAGUAAUUCUGCACUUUCGGUUCAAGCUAUCUUUUAUUCUUCUCCCUGUUUACCCUCAUACUGCCUUCUCCUUUUUCCACUCCCCAUCGCUCCCCUGCCCCCUCUUGUGUCAGUGACAGUGUGGCAUUGUGGGUAGUUUUAACAGACAUUCUUCCCCUUCCUCGCCUGUACAGCGACACCAUGUAUAGACCCCAAUUGCAAUUUCUGUAUCACAUUUUUUGGGGGGCAUUUUUAUAUUGUUAUUAUUUGUGCUUUUGGAUGUCUUCAGAUCUUUUUUUUCUCUCUUCUGAAUAUUGAGAUUUUUUGCCAAAAGAGUACUGGGAGAAGUCUCCUUCAUUGUCAUAAAAAAAGUUCUUAUUGUUUUAUUAUCGAGACACUUGAAGAGGAGAGUAAUUAUUUGUGUUACUUUUUUAUCAUUUCAAUCAUUGAUCUCGUCGUUGUUGUUAUUGUUCUCUGUUUUCUGGGGUAGAUUUAGCAGGCAAUGGGUUAUGGGGUGGUUCGGUGCUGGGAAUGCAGUCAUUGAAACGGAGGGGAACUAAUAUAGCUGACAUAUCAUCACCAUCAUCAUCGUAAGACAUUUAGAGGUGGAGAUGGACAGACCCCUUCUCCUCUCGCUUCCCAAUCUGCAGUGGUACCCUCCGUCUCUGACCUCGUCGCCCCCUUAUUGGCCGACACACAAUGGACAUUGCCUCUCCACCCGACUCUGGCCGCGCUACGGCCACAUCCAAGGAGGAGACUACUACUCUGCACAUGUGCUGCCCCCCUUUUCCAUCUCCAUCUCGUUCCCUACCUUCGUCACAUGAUCAGCGAGUGAGACCUACUCCAGCCCCAAUACCGAAUUCAGUCCUCCAUCGCUUCAGAAAUCAGGAACUGACCAGAAACAGAGCGGUUGCUUGAGUUUGAACGCAACGCAGUAUGUACAGUUCAGAUAGUGAGCGGAGGGGGUGGGAGAAUGAUCUGCCCCCUUAUCCCUCCCUUGUCCGUAGGACUCCCAGUGCACCAUGGUCCAGCGAGGGACUGUGAGUGUGUUGCUGAUGAGUGACCACCUCAUCGUUGUCCUCGUCCUUCUGUCUGGCAUCCCUCUCAUCGUCUGUAAACCAGCUCUCUGCUCGGCACCUGUAUCCUAUGUUCUCUUUUUCUAACGUUUAUUUUGUUUUUGGGAGUACAAAAAUACUAAAGUGCAACAACGAUGAUUAAAUAGAAUACCAACUGAAAUGAAUUAAAUAAAUAUAUAUAAAUAAAUAAUUUAAAAAGACAAUGUGUUUGGGUGAUGUUCAAUACAUUUAAGGAAUCUGUAUACCACCUGUGUAUUUAUGCUUGUUUUUUGUCAGUCUGAAUGUCAUACUGAUUUUCUGACUCAAUACAAAUGAUACAAGUUAUUAUAAUGCUGUCGAUGUGCCCUUGAGCAAGGCACUUAACCCUAAUUGCUCCUGUAAGUCGCUCUGGAUAAGAGCGUCUGCUAAAUGAUUAAUUAUUAUUAUUAUUAUUAUAAUGCAGCUGCUUGUAGUUGAGGAGCAGACUUAAUGAUGGUCAAACAUGUAUAAACAUCUUUAUGCACUAUAGCAGGGUUGCGUUCCAUUCAAAUUCAGGAAGUAAACUGAAAUUCCCACUAGAAUUUGACUUUCAGUUUACUUCCACAAUUGACUGAAUUAAAAAAUGAUCAACCCUGCCAUAUACUCCAGAUUUUACAGUCUAUGUGAUAGAUGGGGCACAAACCUGAAAUCCUCAUGGGUAAGAAGAAUAACUCCACAAGUUGUAUUUGUGAGAGGUAAGGAAAGGACCUCUUUGCCCCUGACGCAGGAAUCACUGUAGGGAUGAAUGGGGAUCAUUGGGUAAGCUAUUGAUCUACAUCCCUCUACCUCAGGGCUGCAGUGCUCUGUGAUCAGCUUCUUUGGUCUGUCUGUAGAGCUGCACUGCAGUGGCUUUUCAGGCAAC